AUGGUUGUCUUCAGCAAAGUGACAGCCGCCGUUUUCGGUCUCGCGACCAUCGCUUCGGCCGCUCCUGCGCCUCCCACGCGCAAGGGCUUCACGGUCCAGCAGCAGGCCCGGCCCGCCCAGAAGAAGCAGGUCAACUUGCCUGCCAUGUACGCCCAUGCUCUGACCAAGUUCGGUGGCAGUGUCCCUGAGAGCGUCAAGGUCGCCGCUAGCAAAGGCAGCGCCGUCACCACCCCUGAGGCAGGUGAUGUGGAGUACCUUACUCCUGUCAAUGUCGGUGGAACUGUCAUGAACCUCGACUUCGACACCGGCUCUGCUGAUCUCUGGGUGUUCUCCGGUGAGCUCCCUGCCUCUGAGACCAGCGGCCAUUCUGUCUACAAGCCGGGUAGGACAGCAUCCAAGCUACCUGGCGGCAGCUGGCAGAUCUCCUAUGGUGACGGUAGCAGUGCCAGCGGCGAUGUCUACAAGGACACUGUCGUGGUUGGUGGCGUCACUGCCCAUGGCCAGGCUGUCGAGGCUGCUGCGCAAAUCAGCUCCCAGUUCCUGCAGGACAAGAACAACGAUGGACUGCUGGGUCUGGCUUUCAGCUCCCUCAACACAGUCCAGCCCCAGCCCCAGACUACCUUCUUUGACACUGUCAAGUCUAGUCUGGACCGCCCUCUUUUCGCUGUUACCCUAAAGCACAAUGCUCCCGGAUCCUUUGACUUUGGAUACAUCGACCACUCCAAGUACACCGGUGAAAUCGCCUACACCGACGUCGACAACUCCCAGGGCUUCUGGUCCUUCACUGCCGACGGCUACAGCAUUGGUGGUGGCCAGAGCAGCGGCAGCUCCAUCAGCGGUAUUGCUGACACCGGCACCACUCUCUUGCUUCUCGACGACAACGUCGUUUCCGACUUCUACCAGCAUGUCGAGGGCGCCCAAAACAGCGAUGAGUACGGUGGAUAUGUCUUCCCUUGCUCUGCCAAGGUUCCCUCAUUCACUACCAUCAUUGGCGGCUACAAGGCUGUCACUCCUGGUAAACUCAUCAACUAUGGUCCUGUCACCGAUGGUAGCUCCACUUGCUACGGUGGUAUCCAGAGCAGCGGCGGUGUCGGCCAGAACAUCUUUGGUGACAUCUUCCUCAAGAGCCAGUUCGUCGUCUUCGACUCUGAGGGCCCCAGACUCGGCUUUGCCGCCCAGGCCUAA